AAAGGAGAAAAAAAAAGGGAAGAUAAAUUUUCAUCCCCAAAUAUUACUUGAAGAUUGCUGGCUUUUCGGCAACUCGCUUAACCAUAAAUCAAGAAUGCUCAAAAGCCUUUCCGAGCCUUGCACUUCCUCAGACUUCGCCAUAGACGAAAACUCGCCAGGGAAAUCCUACGACGAGACCUACUGAUCGAUCGAGAAAUUAUCCAUUAGCGAACGCAAAAUCGAGCAUCCAAGUUUGAUCAAGGCACCUUCAGUCCCAUCUACCCUGGAAAGAAAGGAUCAGAAAAGUGACCCUCAGAGGAGCAAAAGAUCAAACAAAAAUAGAAAAUCAAUAGAAAAUCGUCGAGGGGUGGUCUGAACCUGGCCCCGUCCCUACCGAUUAGCCUCGAGCCCGAGGAGUUUCAAGAUGAGGAAAUUGAGUUCUCAAUGGGGAAAUUGAUCAUGUAAACUUCUAUGAAGAACUCGGAUACUCUGCCUCCCAGGACACAUUCUACUAAUAAGAGUAGUAAAAUUGAGGGCUCGGAGGAGUCAAUCAGGCCCCAACGUCCCAUUAAUCAGCUGAAAUCACAUAAAAGCUUAAUCAACCUGGAGUACGAGGAAUUGCAGGGGUUUAAGGAUUUGGGUUUCGAUUUCGACGAGAAGGAGCUGAGCCCGAAGGUAAUAAGCACGAUCCCGGCCUUGCAAGAGAAAAGGGAUAUUAUCAAAGAGGAUGAAGGGAAGAGCGCUAGGGCUCGAAGGCCAUAUCUAUCGGAGUCUUGGGGGCGCACAGAGCUAUUCUGCGCCGCCGGUGCCGAGGUGGGGCGGGAAGCGGCCGGCGGAGGACGUAAAGGCGCAGAUUAA